CAAAAAAAACAAAAAAAACCAUUAAAUAUGAUUCUAUUAAUAACGAAGAAAAAAUAACAAUAAUAAUGAGUAAUAAAUAAACCAAUAAUAAUAAUAAUAAUAAUAAUAAUAAUGAAAAUCUUAUGAAUGUUGUUUGUUAGCCGACGAAUUAUAUUAAAUAUAUAAUCUAAAACUAUUACAUCAUACUACAUGAAUCUUACAGUUAAGUAAUAUAUUUAAAAAAAAAAACUCGUAUAUAUAUCGAUGUUAUCUGAUAUUUUCAUUGUAAUCUAGGUCACCAAAUACACUGUGGAGGGUUAAAAAAAAAUCAAAAAAAAAAAAAAAAAAAAAAACACGUAACAGAAUGUUGUUUUAAUUACACAGUCCCUAACGUGAUUCCUUCCUCGGUCGUUGCUCGCGUUACAUUUUCACUAAUUAACAAUUUUAAUGUUUUAACAUACCCGAGACUUAGCCCGUGAAAUUAUCUCAUGUGCAAUUAUCCAGCAGUCACGUCAUUCCAUUGACAGUCCCCAUAUCCUUGGAAAAAUGAGAGGAAUGUUCUAACACGCUUUGGUAAUUGUUUUCUGUGUUUUUUCGUGAUCAUAAGAACAUGCAAGUACCGUGGCAGCCUUAAUUAAUUAUACGCAUACGAUGUAAUCAUCGCGUUCUUUGAAUGUUCUGCAUUCAAAUAUCUACUACGAUGGUUCUUCGUGUUAAUCACGUUACCGAAUUUUAGGGCGUAUUCAAUGAUUGUCUGAUUGAAAUGUAAAUAGUUUAUUGGCACGUUAUAAUUUUUCUAUAAAAUACGAAAAUUUCUGUUUCGCCUGAAUUCGCCAGAAUCUUACAAUUAAUUUUCGGCUCAUAUUGACUGCUCCUUAAGUACGACAACCAUGCAUACAGAGAGUUCAGUCAACGGAGUAUAUUGUAGUCAACAGCGUUGACUGAACUGUCAGCAGCACAGACUUGUCAUAUUUGUGCCUCAAGUUUUUUUAAAUAUAAUCGUGGGCACAUCAAUGAAACUAUCUGUCGGUGUAGAUAGCGAAAAUGAGCUCCAGCUCAUUUUCGAGUGACAUUGUGCGAGGUCAGGGUUAAAGCUCAUUCAAAGAGUAAGUUGUAAACAAAACAAAUGGAGACUUCGGAGGUGGUGGAACGUUUCUACGGGGUGUAUCUUUUGUAUUGUACGAAUCCCAAGUUUAAGGGAAGAGUCUACAUUGGUUACACGGUCGAUCCGAAUCGCCGAAUCAAACAGCAUAACGCUGGGAAAAAAUUCGGAGGAGCUUGGCGGACCAGCAACAAGGGACCCUGGACUAUGGUCAUGAUAAUCCAUGGAUUCCCGAACGACGUUUCCGCACUUCGGUUCGAGUGGGCUUGGCAGCACCCGGAUACAAGUCGCCGUCUGAAACACGUUCCUCGUAGGAAGUCUGGUCAAAACAGUUUCGAUUUUCAUCUGAUGGUUCUCUCCGAGAUGCUGAGGGUCGGUCCUUGGUCUCGUUUGCCUCUGACGAUUCGUUGGCUCGCUCCGGAUUUCGCUAAAGAUUUUCCCGUCGAUCGGUGCCCACCUAUGCACAUGCCACUGGCAUACGGUAAAGUAAUUUCUAAGAAAGUAGGCGUGAGUCCGAAAAAAGGGAAGAAGAAGGGCGAUUCUCCCGUUUCGGAAAAAAUUAGCGAUUCCAAAAACGGAAUGCUUUGUUCGCUGUGCAACAAGUCGUCAGCGGAAAGCGAGACGCUAACUUGCCUCAGUCCAACGUGCUCGAUGGCGAGUCACUUAAUUUGCUUAGGAAAAAGAUUCAGGAACGACAGGAUGAUUCUACCCGUAGAAGGAACGUGUCCUGUCUGUGGUAUCAACGUCUUGUGGGGGGAUUUGAUCAGGAAGAUGAAAGGAUGCUACCGAGACCUGGCUGAGACGGAAGACGCGGAAAGUGAUUCCAGUCUCACCGGCUUUGAGCCCUCAUCGUCCGAGAGUGACUAGUUUGUUUUUAAUUUUAAUGAUGUUAUAUCCGCAUACAUCACAUGAUGCAUCCAUGCGUCCGACUCGUUUUGAAAAUUGAGCGCAAAAUAGUUGUAUAAUUUCUAUUAGUUCGAUCAUGAUUUUUCUUUAUAGCUAAUUUUUACGUGCAGCCCGAUUAGCCAAUUUUUAGGAUAGUUGAAAUGAAGUAGAUACAAUUUUUCAUUUAUUUUUUACCCUAUAAAAUAAGAGGAAGAAUUCCAUAUACUCUGCUGUGAUAGGCGGACAAAAGCUGGAGUUUUUGUAUUGUGUAAAUGAAUUUUUAUUGUAUAUUUGAACAAAUAAAUAAAUAAAUAAAUAAAUAAUCUUAAAAAAUAAAUUAACGAUAAAACAAUU